UCCAUAUAAGAAUUCUUGGCUAUGUAACCCAGGCCACACUUGAAGAAGCCUAGCCUCUCACCCCUACCAGAUUGCGCGGAGCGCCACCCACCAUGAGGAAGCCGGAUCCUCCGGCGAAGAACAACAACAUGAGCAACAACAACAGCAAUGGAGCCACUAAGCUAAAGAAAGGGUUGUGGUCGCCGGAGGAGGAUGACAAGCUCAUCAGCUACAUGCUAAGCAAUGGGCAGGGUUGUUGGAGUGAUGUUGCCAGGAACGCAGGUUUACAGCGGUGUGGAAAGAGCUGCCGACUCCGCUGGAUAAAUUACUUGAGGCCUGAUCUCAAGCGUGGUGCUUUCUCCCCACAAGAAGAGGAGGUCAUAAUCCACCUGCAUUCCAUUCUUGGCAAUAGGUGGUCUCAAAUUGCAGCUCGUUUGCCUGGCCGUACCGACAACGAGAUAAAGAAUUUUUGGAACUCCACUAUUAAAAAGAGGCUGAAAAACUCAUCGUCGCCAUCGCCAAACCACAGUGGAUCUCCUGAACCUAAAGUUGGCAUGGGGGGGCUCACAACCUUAAACGAUCAUGAAAUGAAGACUAUGUGCAUGGAUUCAGCAUCAUCAUCUUCAUCAUCAACCAUGCAAGGUUUGUCUAUAAGCAACCAGUAUGAUCUAUUGCCUUUGCCAGAAGUCAACUGUGGCAUGACAGGGUUAGGAACCAGCUACUUUCAUGAACCCACAUCCUUUCCACAAGUUGGUUUUGGAAAUGGGAAUUAUGGGAGUCAUGGGAUGAUGAUGGGGGGAGGCCUAAUGGGAGGAGGAUGUGAGCUCUUUGUACCUGCUUUGGAGAGUACAAGUACAGAGGAGAAUGGCACUAGUCAAAACACGACAAGAAACACUAGUGACCCUUGCCACAGCCACAAUAAUGAUGUGAAUAAGAUUAAUAGUGAUGCUGCUGUUGGGAAUGAGAUAUAUUGGGAGGGUGCAAACAUAAGAAUGGAGGAGUGGGACUUGGAUGACUUGAUGAAAGAUGUGUCUUCUUUUCCUUUCCUUGAUUUCCAAGCCGAAUGAUUGGCCAUUCCAAAGAUCAUAAGAGCUCUCAUGAUUCUUUUCUCUUCCUUCCUCAAGUGAAGAUUGGCCCCCCUCAUAUUUCUCACUCCCUCUUCCCCUUCAAAAAGAUGUCCAAAUUACCAGAGUAUCCUCUGUGCUGUAGUUUCUUAGCUGGUUCAAUUUUUGAACCUACCCAAGCUUCGUUCCCCGAUGAAGUCCAUACUAAUAAAGGUCGGAAAUGUUCAUAAUGAAUGACCAUGAGUCUUCUAAAGCUCUGGCUCUUUUGUUGGCUCCUCUUUCCCUUGUGGAUGAAGUUAUUAUCAUAAUAACAUGAUGUUGGGGGUUGAAAGGGCAAUUUCUUAUUAGAAGAAAAUCUUCAUGCUUGAGUAGAAUACAUAGUUUUCAAUAUGCCGACAAAGGUUGCAUCAAAGUCGUUGCAAGGAGUAACUGGAGGAGUGGAAGUCAUUAGAAGAGUACAUAUACUUUUGUAAUAUUAUACUGAAUAAUCUCUCUCCCUCUCUCUCAUGUACCAAUGUAUAUAAAACAAGCAGCUUAAUUUGGACAUUUUUUUCCUCAUAAAA